UUCAUAUUUAAAGUAUACAGUUUAUUUUGUUUCCUUAUAAAUGAACAUGAUUAUUGUAUAUAUAAAGAGUCGAAUUUCAAGUAUAAUAGUAAAGCAAUCAAACAGUUUAGGUGAUCAAAAUAAGAAGAGAUGUCUCAUUAUCCUCCAUGUGUGGGUAACUCUUGCGCCGAUCCAGCAUGUUGCGCUCACGGAGCAAAGUUUAUGUGGAAAGAAUUGAGAGGCAAAAAUGGAGACAUGGUGAAAAAGAUAAUCGAAAGUGAGAAUCCAAAUGUGACGGUGGUGAUAGUGCCACAGGGAAGAGUUGGAUUUCAAGACUUUUGCUGUAACAGAGUCUAUCUCUAUUUAGAUUCCAACGGUAAUGUUUUCAAUAUUCCCCAGAUCGGUUGAUCUUUUUUUAAGAACACAUCUUCUCGCUAAUAUAUGAAUGAUGUAUGUCAGUUUUUCACUUUCAAUGAUUAGAGACCAACAUCAACAUAUAUUUGUAUUUUCAUUACAAAAUUGAAGGAAAUUCAAAUAUAUUUGGCUGUUUUCCUUUUUAUUAGUAAUGUCGAAGUUAUAUAAGUUGCCAGUGAAGAAUUUUGUUCUUUGUGAAAUCAUGAUGCGAAAGGGACACAAUGAUCAAUUUCUAGAAGCGUAAUUACACAUACACGAACUCCUGACUAUUACAAUGAUGAUAAAGAUUACUUCGUUCCGCACGUCACGCGUGUCACAAAAAACUUCGAAAUGGAUAGGAUUAGUUGUAAGCUACGUGGUGCCAAAGAAAACAAAAAUUGUAACUACAAAAUUAAACGGUGCAUCCUAAAAUCAGUCGGAAUAUUAAGAUAGUUAUUUACAAGUUACACAUAUAUUAUUAUAACAAUAUUGAUGUUCCUCUUAAACAGAUUAUGCGUAAAAUUAAGGAUUUGCAUAUUGAUCCAAUCAACAUGUUGGAUACGAAGCAAAUGUUAAAAAAAAAAAAAAAAAAAACACAUGUUGGAUACGUAUGUAGCUAUUGUUUUGUAGUAUAUUGUUACUAAGAAUUGUAUUCUUUUGUGAUUUUGUUUUUAAUUUUUGCUUUAUAUUAUCCAUUAUCCAUCAGGGAGAGGGGUUUAAGACUGAUUGUAGAUCUAGCAAAAUUAACAAAUUUUCAUCAAAAUGAAAAUAAACACUAGCUAAAGUGAACCAGUUUUUAAUCUAACAAACUAAAACGCCGAAAUGCUAAAUAAAACAAAUAUGAACUAAACCCAAACCAACUCAAUUAACGUUGCCUAAACUAAAAUCGAUUUGAAGACAAUAACUCUACUAGGGUACCGAAAAGUAAAAUAAUUCAUAGGUUAUUGGGAAUUGAG